UCUUGCUCCAGUCCCGUCUUUCUCUCUUACACACUAUUUGCGGCUUAAUCUUCGUGUUGUGUACUGUAGCGUUUGCUUUUUAUCAGUCUCUCCACCGUCUCGCCGCGGUGCCUAUUUUCGAAGAUUCUGAAAGACCGUCACUUGCCGUUGGAACCCAUAAUUCUAGCGAUUUUACUUCCACACUGAGGAUUUCUUUACAAGUUUUGUUAAGAAGACAAUGGAGGAAGUAGAAGGACCCUCUGCUCUUUUACCGAAGAAGUCUCCUCCUACACUUACACCUAAAGCUAUCAUACAUCAGAAAUUUGGUGAUAAAGCUUGUUAUAAAGUUGAGGAAUUAAUAGAUCCACCUCAAAAUGGAUGCCCUGGUUUGGCAAUCCCACAGAAAGGUCCUUGUCUUUACCGCUGCUGCUUGCAACUUCCAGAUUUUUCUGUUAUUUCUGAUGCCUGCAAAAGAAAGAAGGAGGCAGAACAGUCUGCUGCAAAGAUGGCAUUGGAUAAGCUAGGCUUAAGUGCUACUAAUCAUAAUCCAUCUGAAAUGGAUCCAUUGGAGGAUUUAGUUUCUCGUCUCUCAUAUUUAUUCUCCCCAGAGUUCCUUUCAGCAAAUCAACCACUUGCUGGUCACUUUAGAGCAGCUUUGCAUAGAGAGGGUAAUCUGUGCGGUUUAGUUCCAGUCUCAGUAAUAGCCUCAUAUGAUGCAAAGGUGAAUAAUUUGUGUAAGUCUAUAAACCCUGAGGGUGAGACCAAUCCUCUGUUGGUCAUGUCGCUUAUUCUGAGAGAGGGUUCAAAGCUACCUGGUUUUGUAUCUAGUUCAGAGGAGAAAUAUUCUUUGAAGAAAGGAAACCCACACCCUCUUGAGAAGAUGCAAUCUGUUAUUGACAAACAAGAGAGCUCUCUUGAAAUCAUUCAAAUUGAAGCUGUAAGGAUUCCACAUUCACCAGACAAGGCUAUUGAAACACUGAACCUUAGUGUUCCUUUGAAUGGUUAUUACUUAGAUAUAAUUGCUGUAGCACUUGGGUUAGAAGAUGCUUCUAAGAUUCUCAUCUCCAGGCCAAUUGGCAAAGCUUCAUCAGAAACGAGAAUGUACUUCUCUGUUCCACAGUCUGCUAUAUGGGACCAAUCACUAGGAAUCGUGCAUACUAAGGAAGCUGAUCUUGAAGGAAAUUUUAAUGUGAGAGGAAGUUAUUUAUCAGGAAGCAAUGUAUGUGGUGAUGCAAUAAUGGCAUCUAUUGGCUAUAUAUGGAGGGAUACCAAUCUCUUCCAUGAAAAUAUGUCUGUGAAAAGAUAUUACAGGCUACUUAUUGGUAAGAACCCUAGUGGAGUUUACAAAUUGUCCAGAGAGGCAAUACUUGCUGCAGAGCUGCCAAAAAUAUUCACUACAAGGACAAGUUGGAGAGGCUCCUUUCCUAGAGAUCUCCUGUGUACAUUCUGCCGUCAGCAUCGUUUCUCUGAGCCAUUAUUCUCUACCAUAAGUAACCCACAAGAGUCAAAUGGUUCUUGCAAGAAAUUGAAACAUGGUGAAUCAGAUAACACAGAAAUAAGUGCUAUUCCUGUGGGAACUAUGGAGAGUUUUAGAUGUGAGGUGAAAAUAUUCUCCAAAAGUCAGGAGCUGAUAUUAGAGUAUUCACCAAAAGAAUCUUAUAAGAAGUCAAAUGAUGCUAUGCAGAAUGCUGCUUUGAAGGUUCUACUGUGGCUAGACAAAUACUUUACUGAAAAAGAAGUGACUAUGGAAGAACUGACAACUUUUGGAGAUUCUAUUGGCAUCCAUUUUAACCCACAUGUAGUUUCAAAGGAGUUCACAUUGGUUGGAUCUAUUUGUUGUUUUGACGAAAGCAGUAAGAGUGGAAAAUUCUUUAAUUCAAACUCUUUCGAUCUACUGAGUGUUCAGCGGGAUGGAACAAAGUGCCUUGUGGACAAUGAAGGUUCUGAUUUUGGAGUUUUGCCUUCCUAUGGUUCUCUGGUAUGUAUAACAUACAUUGUCAAUUUGGUCGGAGAAGAAGAAUGCGAAAAGGAACCACUUGAAAGUUGUGAGGAAUUUGAGUUUGAGAUCGGCAUUGGUGCUGUCCUUCCUAGCAUAGAAGCAGUUGUAUCUCAGUUGUCUGUCGGUCAGUCUGCUUGUUUUCAUGUAGAAUUGCCUCCUACAGAGUUGAUUUUGGCUACAGCUGCUAAUUCUGACAGGAUAAUGUCCUUGUUAUCUGCUGGAAGAUGCAAGUUGGAGUACUCAACAACUUUGUUGCGAUUGACCGAACCCUUGGAGGAAAGAAUGGAACAGGCUUUAUUUAGCCCCCCUUUAUCAAAGCAGCGUGUGGAAUUUGCACUGCAAUACAUUAAAGGAUCUGUGGCUACUUCCUUGGUUGAUUUUGGAUGUGGCUCUGGAAGUUUACUUGAUUCUUUAUUAGAUCACUCCACUUCACUUGAAACAGUUGUUGGUGUUGAUUUAUCGAAGAAGGGUCUUGCACGUGCAGCUAAGAUACUCCAUUCAAAACUGAGCAAAAAUUUGGCUGGUGCUGGUAUAAAAACGGCUCUACUUUAUGAUGGCUCCAUAAUUGAAUUUGACUCACGUUUGUAUGGUUUCGAUAUUGGCACUUGUCUAGAGGUGAUAGAACACAUGGAGGAAGAUCAAGCCUGUUUAUUUGGUGACAUAGUGCUUGAUUCCUUUUGUCCAAGGAUUCUUAUAGUAUCCACCCCAAACUAUGAAUACAAUACCAUACUCCAUAAAUCCAACCUGCAAGGCCAAGAGGAUGAUGCAGAUGAGAAGAACCCAUCACAAUCCUGUAAAUUCCGUAACGACGAUCACAAGUUUGAAUGGACUCGUGAGCAAUUUAGCCAUUGGGCUACAGAGCUAGCUAAAAGGCACAACUACAAGGUUGAAUUCAGUGGAGUUGGGGGAAACGGUGAAGUAGACCCGGGAUUUGCUUCUCAGAUUGCUGUGUUUGAGAGAGUAGAAGAUGUUCCAAACCGAGAUGAUGAUGAUGAUGAUGUCGCCACUCAUAUUUACCAAGUUGUAUGGGAGUGGUCCGAUAUUUAACAGUUACCUGAAAUCUUAGAAGAACAAAAGAAAAAGGGUUAUAUUUUAGAGUAUGAUGUGUUUUGUGGUUGAAGAUGGUGGAAAAGGAUUAUAGUUUUAGGAAACUAGACAUUAUUGGUUUCUUGAUUUUGCAUAGUAUUUUUACAUAGGAUAAUUUUGGGGAGGAUAUUUGGUUUCUUGGAUUAAUUAUUACUGUCUUUAGAUUCUUCUGUCAACCUUUUUAUUAGUAUUAUCUUCAU